GGGAGGGAGAGGGGGAAGGAGUGGGCGGGAAAAAAAAACCCGAGGAGAGAGUGGAAGAGGGAAGCGAGUCAGUCACGUCAGUCAGUCACCGCCACAGACACACAGACGGACGGACGGACACCGACCGACCCUUAACGCGUCCCGAAAAAAAAAAGGAGGGCCCAAAGGAGGAGGUGGUGGUGGUGAGGUGAGGGGGGGGGGGUGUGGGGUGAAAAGGUUGACCCCCUCAAACGACCCCCCCGGAAGGCCGCGACCAUGAGCUUCUUCAGCUUCGGCCAGAGCGCGGAGCUGGACAUCGCGCUGACCGACGCCGAGACCCGCAAGCGGGCGGAGCACAAGAGCGAGGACGGCAAGAAGGACCGCUACUACCUGUUCUACGACGGCGAGACGGUCUCCGGCAAAGUGAACGUGGCCCUGAAGAACCCGGGCAAGAGGCUCGAGCACCAGGGCAUCAAGAUCGAGUUCAUAGGCCAGAUCGAGCUGUACUACGACCGAGGGAAUCACCAUGAGUUUGUGUCAUUAGUAAAAGAUUUGGCCCGGCCUGGUGAAAUGACACAGUCUCAAACAUUUGACUUUGAGUUUACACAUGUAGAAAAGCCGUACGAAUCCUACACUGGCCAAAAUGUUAAGUUACGGUACUUUCUCAGAGCAACCAUCAGCCGUAGGUUAAACGACAUUACAAAGGAGAUGGACAUUGUUGUGCACACCCUGAGUACCUAUCCUGAGAUGAAUUCCUCCAUCAAGAUGGAAGUUGGGAUUGAGGAUUGCCUUCACAUUGAGUUUGAAUACAACAAGUCAAAAUAUCACCUGAAGGAUGUGAUUGUGGGGAAGAUCUAUUUUUUAUUGGUCCGCAUCAAGAUCAAACACAUGGAGAUUGACAUCAUUAAAAGGGAAACUACUGGAACAGGACCAAAUGUGUUUCACGAAAAUGACACGAUAGCCAAGUAUGAAAUAAUGGACGGCGCCCCAGUCAGAGGAGAGUCCAUUCCCAUCAGGCUCUUUCUAGCAGGAUAUGAGCUAACUCCAAGCAUGAGGGAUAUUAACAAAAAGUUCUCUGUGCGGUACUACCUCAAUCUUGUCCUUAUUGACGAGGAGGAAAGGAGAUACUUCAAGCAGCAGGAAAUCACUUUGUGGCGAAAAGGGGAUAUAGUUCGAAAGAGCAUGUCCCACCAGGCAGCCAUUGCAUCACAGCGUUAUGAAGGGGCUGCAAAUGCUGAAAACAAAUCCCUGGCUAAAAACCAGGAUGCAAGCGAUUAACCUACUUUUCUGUCGCGUUGUGGCAGCUAGACUAACAGUGUAACCUGCAACAAAAUCAACUGGACUUUUUAAGUCUUUCCAACUGAUCUAUUUCCACUUCAGAAGACUGAUUUGGGAUAUUAGGUGAUAUAACUCAUAUGUUUUUUUUAAAAAAAGCCUGUGUGUUUAACGUGGAGCUAGGGCAGGAGAUUUGAUUGACUGACUCUACAGGUAUGAUGGAACAUGCAAUCUGAAACAUUGCUGGCAAAAAUGGAAGGUCCUGCUUCCAUUACUUUUGCCUCAACACAUUUUUUUGUCCUAUCAUGUGGAGCUCCUAAAUCCAUCUUUGGUCUUGCGUAUUAACCCUUCAUAUAUGAAAUUUAACUGUUCAGUUCCUUUUGAAAACCAGAAACAAAACGACUGGUGAUAGUUUCAUCAGACCUCCAAGGAACUUCUUUUCCAUUCUGCCUUGAGCUGAAUCCUGUUCUACACUCCGUUACACAUUAAAUCCAGGCAUUAUUUGUCCUGCUGCUGAAACCGAUAUAGUUACUGACCCUUUCUAACUCGUACAAGAAUGAGAUGUUAAAACUGAAAAAUGAACUACAGCGUUUUGGUCAUUUAACACAAUAUUUUUUUUGUGUGUCAACAUUGAUACACCAUAAAAUUCAGACAGUUUAUCCUUAGCUUUACUCUCUUUAGUUGAGCAGAUGAUGCUACAGGAAUGAAUGAAAAUGGCAGAUAUUCAUAGAUAUAAAGAAGCUCAGUCCUUUUUGUGUGUGAAAGUAGCUACUGUACACAACCACCGAUGGAUUCAGAUCAGGAACAAUCAGAUUUGAAACAAAAUCUGGAUGUACUUGAUGUUCACUUAAUGUUUCCAUGUAGCAUCAUUCCAGAAUCACAGAAAUAAUGGAUUUGAAAUUCCACUAUAUCUGUUAUUUAAUGAAAAAUCAUGUUUCCGUUAUUAUAAUUUCAGUGUGUCAUUCCAAUGCACUCCCACUAUUGAAACAUUUUGAUCCAAGUAGAACAUUUUAAGACAAAAUAUAUAAUAUACGUGUCACGAUAACCUGUACCAAGGCCCCAAAUAGCAGGAAUCUUUUUUUAAACUGGGAAUCUUUUCUGAGAAAUAUUAUUCAGCUUUGUCAUUAUGUCAAGGCAAGUGCUUUUAAUGUCUGUGGUAAUUAAAAUCAAAUGCUUGCUAUUUUUAAGCCGGGAUUACACAAAGGUACUGCGAUUUAAAGCUGCAAUAUAUUUGGUAUGCAACAUCUUCAACUAUGUGGAUUAUUUGACGUUGCAGUUUGUAAUUGUAAUUUCAUUUCAAUUUACAGCCACGUGAUAAUUUAAAACAAAACUUGCACAUUGACAAUAUUGAAUCUUAUAGAACUUAACCAGUCUAUGAUGCUAUGACCCGAUGUUUCACGAUUGGAUAUUUUAAUUUAACGGCCGGCCACUUUAAUUCUGAGGCGUGUAUUUCAGAAUGUAUUUUUAAAUAUUACUUCCACCAAUUAUUUCAGUAACUUAAGUGGUCUAACAGAGAAAGCAGCCCUGGCUGGCAUAUCCUCAGGGACAUAUGGUGCACAAAUAUUAAAACAAUGUAGUCUCUGAUAAAAUAUACAGUAUUACUAAUGACUCCUGUGGCUUCUCAUUCUUCAUUCCAAAAACUGAUUGUAUUAAUGACAUGCUCUUAUUUUACCAGUAGCUAUAUCUAAUUUAAAUAAAUGAUAAUGUUCAA